AUGAAUUGUUACACUUUUGCGCGCUCGUCCAAUGCGGCGGCGGCUUCGGCGGCAGCCGCGCCGCCUUCAGUCCCCUGUCCUUCCACCAGGGGAGGAGGAAGAUCGAGUGGAGUGUGUCGGCGCGGGAACCUCAGGCUUCGCUUGCCUGAGACGCUCCCCAAUGACAUUCCUCUCCGUCGAACCACCAACAGUUGCUUCGAAGGCUACCGCGUGCUGGAGUCCGUCGGGUCCGGCACGUACGCCAACGUGUGGAGAGUCGUGCGAGCAACCCCUUCCAAAGUCUCGUCUGAUGACAGUGCGUUCUCGAGAGAGACGGUGGCUCAGACCUCGCCUGGAGCUCACGGCAAGGCGGGGGAAUUCCUGUCGCUCGGCAACGCUGAGAAGCCCGAGGUUUUUGCAGCGAAACUCCUGCAACCGCAAAAAUUCCCGAAAGAAACGCUUCCAAGGGUGCUCGACAUGUUUGCCAAGGAGAUUGUGAAUCUCGCCACGUGCCAGUGCCCCGGAGUCGUCCGCGUUGAGGAGGUCGUCGAGGGAUCUGAAGGCUGGCUCAUCGUACAGGAAUAUGUCGACGGAGGAACUGUGUGGUGCGAACAAGUGUGUAAGGACGAAGACGACGCGUUCCUCCACUUUAUUCAGCUCGUCCAGGCAGUGCUGUUCCUCCAGGAGAAGAAAGUCAUGCACAGAGACCUGAAACCGACAAACAUCCUCAGAUGCAGGAAGGACAAACGCGUGGUACUCGCCGACUUUGGCUGGUCGGAGAGGGUUGAACAGUGUCAACUCACGCCGAUGGAGUGGCCCGGAACCCUCGAGAUCAACCCUCCGGAAGUCAUCAGCUCCACUGGGCCGUUGACGGAACGCAUUGACAACUACGCCAUCGGCAUGGCACUUCUGCUUUUUCUCUCGGGGCGUUUCAUUUGUCGGCAGAAGGGACUCGACGCAGCCACUGCUGCUCCGUAUGUCCUUCGCACCGUCCAGCAACUGCGGGCUUCGCGACCGCCUUCGGUCUUUCGCGGCCCCGCGGAUGCUUGGAUCCUCUUCCUGGGUCUCACUGCUCCGCAUCCCUCCAGGCGAUGGUCGCUGAACCGCGUCCUUUCCCAUUCCUGGGUCCAGCAGAAGCUGCUGCAGUUGGCGCCGCGUGCUCGCCUGUGGCAUCCGCGCGUUUGCCAUCUGGCGACCCACCUUACGCGAGUGUUUGAGGACCCGCUCGCAUGCAGUUCGCCGCGCCUCGGCUCGCCUGCGGAACAGGAAGGUCGAGCGUCGACCGGCGGAACGUCUGCCGAGAACUCGUUCGCGUGUGAAAACGCGUGCUCGCGCAGCAGCCAGGGACUCCUGCCUUCGCGGGGAGAUAUCGAGGCAGGGAACAAGGUGAUGCGGGCGACCAAGUGUGAGCUCUGCUCGCUGUGCGGCAUGCCGGGUUGUACUGGACAGCCGUGCACCACCUUUUCAACUCAGGGACGAGUUGUCUCCCGAGAUCACCACAACCGGCAAAGUUCUCUCGGAGCGGAGAGCCACCACACCGCAGCCGGCCGUCCGAGCAUCAGUGUGUGCUCAACAGCGGACUCCUUCGUUCCGACUCCUCAACAGAUCGCGUUUCGCCCAGAAGGAGAACGGAAUGCUUCGUGCCCGCGGGGCCGUGUCAGCGCUCCGACCUCACAGGCCUUCCACACGUUUCUGCGCUGCGUUCCCGCGGCCCAACCCAGACUGGCGGAGACGCAGCACGCGUCUGGCGGUGGGGGCUCUCCGCCAACCGGCCAGCGAUCUGUGCAUCAGACCGGCUUCGAGAACGUGAGCGCGUCGCAGGUUGGUGCGCCUGUCCCAAACUGCUUCCAUCCGACAAAGGGAGGUUUGCAGUACUCCGUCUCGUACGUUGGUCCUCCCGCGCACUUCCGAGCAACCGACUGUGAAGCGAAAGGCCGCUCAACCCAGCCAGUGGAAGCGUGGGAAUUGUUCGAGCAGAAGCGACACCUGGAAGAGCAGCUGGACGCGCUUCAACACCAAAAGCGUCAGCUGGAACGGUUCCAUCAGCGACAGCAACUGAAUGCGCCGCAGUGCAAUCCGCCCUUCAAGGCCUUUGCGCGCAGCGUCCACCAGUGCGUGCAGCAGACCGAGCCUCAGGCCAAUCCAUCACCCGCUUACGGCUGGGAAGCAAAAUUCUGCGCAGAGCGGCACGUGCUUCCCCUAGGAGAGAAGGGACAAUGUCCGGGGUCUCCACCCCAGCUCCGGCAGAUCCCGUCGUCCACGAGUGAUGGUGGGCUGGCGCAGUCUCCCUUCGCCGCAAGUGAGACGGCGUCGCCUCCAACGUGGCACCAGAAGAUGCCCCUCAAACUACAGUACAGGAGGGGAGGCAGCUACGAACAGACGCCUCAGCCUCUCGAUCCGUCUACGCAGCCGUCCCAGUCCGUAUCCGACACUCAAACCGACCCGCAAGAAUGGCAUGACGGCCAGGCGCUGGUGAGGGACGUGGCUGCGAUGAAGCACCCGCAAGGUCUUUGUAGACGGGUGACAGUAACCGGCAAUGAGGGGCCUGAAGCGCGUCGUGAUGGAAGAAUCGCCCUCAAUGCUCACGACGCAGGUGGCGUCAUCAUCGGUCGCGGCUACCGCCCACGUCCAGAAGCCCGCUCGGCUGCCACGGACGAACCCGCGAUGACGUCUCGGCCUCCGCUGCAUCCAGAGUGUGGCUCUUCGGAGUUCUCGCCGCCUUCGCAUGCGACUACGAAAGCGUUUGCGAGGGUCAGCGUCGCAGCCCACACCGUCGCUGGCCCGCCACCGACCCUGCGGGGAUCGUCAGUGAGCCCGCGGAGAUCAAAAUCGCAGCUCGGCCAGGGAGGUCCGCUCAGACAGCAGGUGGAUCCGAACCACGCGUACGACGCGUCAGUCCGAGGUGAAUCUUCGCGGACGAGCUCGCAGGAAGGCCGGCUCGUUAGGACUGCAGCGCAAAGAUGUCUUCCGUCAAGGCUGUCUUUCGAGUCACCUCUCGCGGACGAGGCCGUCACGCUCAAGCGCAGCAAUGCUCCGGUCGACGCCUUCAUGAGCUCCACUGCUUGCGCAAGUGGUCAGGACACUGAAUCCCGAGGCGCGGCCGCGUCACCUCAAGGCACGGCGGGCUGUGAGACUCCUCCUGGGGUCCUUGAACGAGAGCCGCAGCAUGGCCGGGCGUCUGCCGACUCCGGCGGUUCCAAAGGCGAAAGCGGCACGGAUCCCCGCACAAAGCCGUUCGUGCCUCCCCUGUUUUUCGGAGAGAACGCAUUGCUGUUGCAGUCGCAGCGAAUGCCCCACCAAAUGACUGUCUACGGAACGCCUCGCAUCCUUUUCAGGGGAACUCCGGGCGAGACUGGGUGGCGGCGCACAGGCGAGACCGGCCACUUCGCCAGGGCGGGCGCCAGAUUUCCGCUAGACCCAGGCCGCAGUGGUCGGUCCCCGAAACUGUCCCGUUCCCUCUGUGGAGCCCAAAUGUCUCGGGACUCCGCGGGAUCUGAUGGGGCGAUUGAGGGCGGUUCAGCGCCUUGGCGCCGGCUUCUGGGCCACGCUGCAGCCGAGCUGAAAUGCGCCGUUGAAGUUUCGUCGGAGGCGACUGGAGGGAAGGACUGCAUUCUGGAAGCCACACUCGCGAAGCACUGCUCGCAAGGGACAACUUACGGACAUUUCCAUCGCGUCCGAGGCAGCACUGGCCCUUCUGUGGAGCAUGAAAACGACGGCGAAUCAGCGGGCGUGCGCCCCGACUCCUUCACAGCAGGCACGCCACGAGGGACGUGUACGGGAGAGAUGCGUCGGGCGCUCGGCGAGGCCGAGACAGGAAAAGCGCUGUCGCCCGAAGUUCCUGGCGGCUACAUGAGAGCAGGCGGGGAUUACCGGGGCGGCGAGGUGGGUGUGGACGCCGAGGCAGUGGCUCGGCCGGACCCGCUUCAGCGCCUGAGGGGGUCCGAGCACGAACUGCGAAACGGGUCCGCUGGAGCCGAGAGAAAAGAUGAAGGCAUACCUCCGAGAGAACACUCGGGAAGCUGCGAAGCGACCAGCAGGGGAGGCUCGGAGCCGGACGUCGCACAAGCAGUUGCGACGAUCAACAGGGACAGUCAGGGCACAAUGGCCAUCGCAGGAACCUUGACUUUCGGUGGCAGUUCUCUUAGAAACCGACGCAGCGGCAGCGGAGACAACCCGUCUCCAACGGGUGUGCAGAACGGGUCAGAAGCAGCACAGCGAAAGGUGCCGGGGUACGGCGAGACGACUACCACUUCGGUUUUGAGGCUCGUUCACAGACCUUCGCUCCCGGUGUACACUGAGGGCCUUCAUCCAGAUGGGUGGUCCCCGCAAGGCUCCCGCUGCGCGGGACUCUUGAGCUGCGAGGGCGACAACGGGGGGAACAAAACUUCCGGACAGGAUGAGCCGUGGAUAGCUUGCCUCAUGCGAAACUAUCGCUGGCCUGUGCAGCGGGAUAUGCCUCCCGCAACAGCCGCGGAGACACCCGAGGGGUUCAGUCAGGGCCGGUUGCCAAAGGGUUUGGCUGAGAACCCCCGUGAUUUGAAUGCAGGGUGGAUAUCUGAGCAGAGCUCAGGAGGCAGCGGCAGAGCGGGACUUCUCGACGGUUGCCCAGGGUGCCCAAACCAGAUGCUCCCCGCUCACGUGGUGAGGCGAGAAGUCCAGGGAGGUGACGCGCCCGAGCCGGGCAUCGUGAAGCGGAACCUGCAGUCGUUCCGGAAUCAAAUGUUUCAGGGGUUGGAGCGGAGGGUCGCGUGCGAGACUCAAGACGCUCAGGAGAUCCACGAGCAGGAAGUCGGCGAGUCCGAGGAAGCCGAUACCGAGCCUUUCCUGCAGCGCUUUGUGUCCCAUUUGCUCGAGUUGGGUCGGGAUCCUCAUGCUGUGGGGACACAGAGUGGGGUGAACCCUCGAAGCGCCGACAGGCCAGAUCUCGCGAGGGGAAGCUUGGCGUCGUUUGAGGGCCGAGAAGAUAUGCUCGUGGACUACGGCGGCAUUGGCGGAGCCGCCGCCGUGAAGGCGCAGGAGAUAUUUGAGGGUGAUGACGCUGGACCGGGCUUGCGAGGUCAUAGCCACGACGACUUUAUUUUGUCGAUGAAGCCGUCAUCGCCGGGGGGAACCUGCUUGAGAACGACGCCUACAGGAGCGCAGGAACUUGCGCAGUUGAUCGAAUCGGGAACAGCCUCUGCCAAGCGAUGUACCUUCGAGGGAGGCCUCCUUGGAAUCCCUUCGUGUGCAGGCGCCACGACCACGGCGACGACGACUGGACCCGGAGUGGGGACUCUGCCGGCGACGUCUCCAGGCGCUGGCGAAGAGGGCCUAGACAGCGGCUGGGGCUUCCAGGGAGUCGAGGGCGAAGAGGAGCUCACCGAGUUCAGGACCGACUCUCCGGUGUGCAUUCCGAUUCAGUAG